AUAUGAUCAAAUCGUCGCAACAAAUGCAACAAAUCGCCCAUAAAUAGGAAAUGAUGCAAGAUUGAUGUGGCGAUCCGAUCAGUGACUUUCCCCGACGUACACGUCUCAUCGCUUCUCACUCUCUUUAUAAACUCUCAUCAUCAUAAUUGGAGCUCCAUUUUCUGGCAUCUCCUAUUCGAUCCAUAAGAAGAGAUGGGUUCAGCGAACAAGGGGUACGAGUUUCUGAGCGAGAUCGGGUUGAGUUCCAAAAACCUUGGGAACUACGUCGGUGGCAAAUGGAAAGGAAACGGACCCGUGGUUUCUACUCAGAACCCAGUGAACAAUCAGCAAAUUGCUGAGGUUGUGGAGGCGUCUAUCGAGGAUUAUGAGGAAGGACUGAAAGCUUGUGCAGAAGCAGGGAAAACCUGGAUGCAGGUACCUGCUCCAAAGAGGGGUGAGAUUGUGAGACAGAUAGGUGAUGCGCUAAGAGCUAAACUUGACCCUCUUGGUCGCCUUGUCUCACUUGAGAUGGGAAAGAUCCUUGCCGAAGGAAUUGGAGAAGUUCAAGAAAUAAUUGACAUGUGUGAUUUCGCUGUGGGUUUGAGCCGACAACUCAAUGGUUCAGUGAUACCUUCUGAACGCCCAAAUCACAUGAUGUUGGAGAUGUGGAAUCCUCUUGGCAUAGUUGGUGUUAUCACGGCAUUCAACUUCCCAUGUGCAGUUCUUGGCUGGAAUGCUUGCAUUGCACUGGUGUGCGGAAACUGUGUUGUCUGGAAAGGAGCUCCAACUACACCGUUGAUCACUAUUGCAAUGACGAAGCUAGUGGCUGAAGUUCUGGAAAAGAACAACUUGCCCGGUGCAAUUUUUACAGCUUUCUGCGGUGGUUCUGAAAUUGGUCAAGCAAUAGCAAAAGACACUCGUAUUCCUCUAGUUUCCUUUACAGGAAGCUCAAAGGUGGGCUUAGAGGUACAACAAACGGUGAACGCAAGAUCAGGCAAGACGUUGCUUGAAUUGAGUGGAAACAAUGCAAUAAUAGUCAUGGAUGACGCUGACAUACAACUAGCUGUCCGAUCUGUUCUGUUUGCUGCCGUUGGAACAGCUGGUCAGCGUUGCACAACUUGCCGUAGGCUGCUUUUGCAUGAGAGCGUGUAUGAGAAAGUUCUUCCUCAGCUGCUUGACUCGUACAAACAAGUCAAGAUCGGUGAUCCUCUCGAGAAGGGUACCUUGCUAGGUCCACUCCAUACUCCUGAAUCAAAGAAGAAUUUUGAGAAAGGAAUAGAGAUUAUCAAAUCCCAGGGCGGGAAAAUGCUGACGGGCGGAAAAUCCGUGGAAAGAGAGGGAAACUUUGUGGAACCUACAAUCGUGGAGAUUUCUCCCGACGCAGGUUGCGUUAAAGAAGAGCUCUUUGGUCCUGUUCUUUAUGUUAUGAGAUUUAAGACUUUCGAAGAGGCUGUAGCCAUAAAUAACUCGGUUCCCCAAGGUCUGAGCAGCUCUAUUUUCACUCGUAGACCGGAAACCAUCUUCAAGUGGAUCGGGCCUCUUGGAAGUGACUGUGGCAUUGUGAAUGUCAAUAUUCCGACCAAUGGAGCCGAGAUCGGUGGAGCUUUCGGUGGCGAGAAAGCGACGGGUGGAGGCCGAGAAGCUGGGAGCGACUCCUGGAAGCAGUACAUGCGUCGUUCCACCUGUACGGUCAACUACGGGAACGAGUUACCCCUGGCGCAAGGAAUUAACUUCGGUUAAGCACAGUUUUCCGGUUUGUAUUGUAUUUCUAACCGGAAUCGGUAAUAACCGGUUGUGUUAUCGGAUUAAAGACUAAAGAGUAUCAUCAUGCAUGCAUGCAUGUAAUCGAACCGGAUCGAUGGAAUAAUUAUCUUUUCGUUAUCAUAAA